AAUCUUUAGACUUGGUGCUGCAGUGCUAAAUUCAGCUCAAAUUUCUCUGCUUCCAAAUCCCAAAGUCCUCUUUUUCUUUUUUAAAAAAAACAUUCAUGUCACCCUGUCUAUAAAGUGAAACAAACAGCAGCCCAUCAUGUUUUUCUCUCUUUCAAUUUCAUGUCUUGACUUUUGUUUUUAGUACUAUGUUCCUCUUUUAAAAUGGUGUCAAAUUCUUGAAGAGCUCAAUAUCUUCAGCUUCUUGAAAAAAGAACAGUAAAAAAGACAUGAUUUUUUUUUAACACUCUUUUAGUUCUUGGUUUGGUAAUUUAAUGGUGUCAAAAUCUUGAAUUUGUAAGUUUCUUUUUUAAAAAAGGUGUGAGAAAGACAUGAUUUUUGUUGGUUUUGGACACUUUUAGUUCAUUGGUCAUUAUAAUGGUGUCAAAAUGUUGAAAAGCUCAUUUUACUACCAACAACUCUCUUCCAAGUUUCAUGUAUCUGUUAGUUUCUUGAAGAAAUAAAAGAGUGAAAAAGACAUGUUUCUUUUUGGUUUUGUACUCUUUUAGUGCUUGAUUUGGUAAUUAUAGUGGUGUCAAAAUCUGCAAAGCUCAUAAAACUACCAUUCUUGAAUUUGUAAGUUUCUUGAAAAAAGACAUGAUCUUGGUUGGUUUUUGACAUUUUUAGUUCCUGAUUUGGUAAUUAUAAUACCAUAAUCCCAAGUUCUUGAAUUUGUAAGUUUCCUGAAAAAAGACAUGAUCUUGGUUGGUUUUUGACAUUUUUAGUUCUUGAUUUGGUAAUUAUAUACUAUGAUCCCAAGUUCUUGAAUUUUGUAAGUUUCUUGAAAACAGAAGAGUAGAAAGACAUGAUCUUGGUUGGUUUGUAACAUUUUUAGUUCUUGAUUUGGUAAUUAUAAUACCAUAACUGUCUUCCCAAGUUCUUGAUUUCUUGAAAAAAAGAAAAAGAGUAGAAAAAGACAUAAUUUUGGUACCCUUUUUGUUCUUUUUUUUUUAUCAUUACAAUACCAUUACUGGUUUCCCAAUUUCUUGAAUUCUUGAAAAAAGAAGAGUAACAAAAGACAUGAUCUUAGUUGGUUUUUGAUAUUUUUAGUUCUUGGUCAAUUUCUUGAGUAUUGUAAAAGUUUCUUAAAGAAAAUUAGAGUGAAAAAAGACAUGAUUUUGGUUGGCUUUUGACCUUUUUUAGUUCUUGAUUUUGGUAAAAAUAAAAAAAAAUGGGGGAAGAAGAGGGGUGGGGUUGGGCACCAUCACCAAGUGGAUCACCAAUGUACAUAACAAAAGAUGAUCAUUGGACUCAUUUUGACAAUUCUGUUAAUGCUGUUUCUUUUGGUUUUGUUGCUACUGCAAUUCUCAUCUCUAUGUUCCUUGUCAUGGCUAUUUUUGAGAGGUUUCUCGGACCGAAUUCACCGGCUUUGUCGCGGUCCGGUGGCCUGAAUCUUGCUGACAUUGAGUCUCAGAUGGACUUCAAUGGAAAACUUGGUUAUCCAACACCCAAAGUGUCAACGAAGGCCCGAGAAGUUUCAGUGUUGAUGCCAGGAGAAGACGUCCCGACUUUUAUCGCCAACCCUGCUCCCGUACCCUGUCCUCCUGAACGCGAUCCAUGGCCUCCCCAUCAAUAGCGUGUCCUUAUCCGGUUUCUUGCACUCGGACUCAAAUGCAUAGUCCUAGUUUUGAAGGCAACAGACAUGGAAAACACCAAAUUGAUGGAGCAAAAGUUGGAGUUCACGAGGUGGCUUUUUAGUCCUUCCUUUGGCUCCUUAAUUUAUGUACAUAGCAUUUAGGCAUUGAAUUCAUAGCCUAUCCCUUCAGGACGGUCCACCUGGCUACUAUAAAUGAAUAUUACGUUAAUAGAAUAAGUCGUGCACUUAUUUUAUUUUUUACUUUGAAUUGAAACUUUGGGAAGGAAAUAGCAAGAGAAAUUUUAGCUUGUG